AAUAAUGUUAGGUUUUAAGUAUGCUCAUUUUGUUCUCUUGUUUCUUAUCACCCCUUCUGUAACUGCACAUGGGGGUAUUGUUUAUAUCCACAGAGUAAGAAAUUCAUCCAUUGACAUUUCCUGUGAAUCGGCAAAAAAAGAAGAAAAACCGUUUGCCUUUUCGCUGAAACGCAGGUUGCUGCAGUCCAGACGAGUGAUGUAUCUUUCUAAAGGAUUCCCACCGUUUAUCAAUAAAUCUGAGGACAAGAAUCGCAUCACUGUACGUGAUGAGCUGGACAACCACACAGUUCAUCUGACAAUAUCAAACCUGCAAGGACAGGACACAGACGUGUACCACUGUGAAUUCCACUAUGGUGAUCUUCCAUAUGAUAAGAAUGUUCCUGGCAAGAUGGAGUUCUUCAUCUACAUUGAAGACUUCUCUCAUGAGCCUUGUAGUUGUUCAAGUUACCUACCAUUGCUGUAUGUGAUCUCUGGAGCUGCAUGUCUGCUGGGUGUUCUGGUUUUCACUCUCGCUACAGCUUACUGUUGUAAAUGGCUUAACCGUAGAAAGCCACAGCCUGUAGUUCCUGUUUAUGAGGAGAUGGCCGGGGUGCGGCCCACCAAAGGAAAAGCCACACGCUGUCACACUGAUAUUGCAAAACUGGAGGAAGCAAACAGCUCUGUGGCCCAUUUGUUCUGCAACGAAAACCUUUAUGUCAAUUGAUUUAACAAACUGUGUUGACUGGGAAGUGGCUCUACUGAAGCGCUGAUGUUCAUCAUGAUGCUCACCCACAAAACCUUUCGGAAUCAUCAGCUUUAAACGUUUU